CCGCCCCGGGCUGGCGGGCUCGGGCGGGCUCGGGCGGGCUCGCUCCCCGGCGGCGGGGCAGCGGAGCGGGGCGCCGCAACUUCGGCACCAUGAGUGUGGAGAACCAGGACGUGCUGCUGGAUCUGGAGGGGGAGGAGGAGGAGGAGGAAGAUGAUGAUAAUGAUGAUGGGGAGAUCGUCUUGGAACUGAACCAGGUGAUUAUUCCCACUUACGGAACUGUGCCAGACCAGCAAAACCUUCACACUCCUGAAUGGGUGGAUUUUGAUGAUAAGACUGACUCCUUGUUCUUCAAAGACGGGCAGCGAAGAAUUGACUUUGUUUUGGCGUAUGAAGAUGAAAGUAAAAAAAUUACUCAUAAGAGGAGUUACCAUAAAAAGCAAAAGAGGAAGAGACAAGUAUAUGAAUCAAACCUGAUAAACAAUGGCUUGCAUCUAGAAGCAACGAGGUCGGUUUUGGAUGAGAAGCUUAUUUUUGUGAAAGUGCAUGCCCCUUGGGAAGUGCUGUGCACGUAUGCUGAGGUUAUGCACAUCAAAUUGCCUCUGCAACACAAUGACCUGAAAACCCGAGACUCGGCUUUCAACUGGUUCAGUAGACUCUUCAGGGUGGACGAAAAUAUCAUCAAACCUGAGCAAGAGUUUUUCACUGCCCCUUUUCAAAAGGAACAUUUGUCCAACUUCUAUAUUCAAGACAAAGACACAUUUUUCAAUCCUGCAACUAGAAGCCGAAUUGUUCAUUUUAUCCUGUCCCGUGUGGAAUAUGCAACAAAAAAUAAUGUGAAAAAGUUUGGCAUUAACAAAUUACUGGACACUGGAAUCUACAAAGCAGCAUUUCCCCUUCAUGAUUCAAGUUUUAGGCACCCUUCAACUGAUCCCAACUGCCCAAGUGAACGCUAUCUCCUCUACAGAGAAUGGGCUCAUCCUAAGAACAUUUUCAAACUGCAGCCCCUGGAUUUCAUCAGGAAAUACUAUGGAGAGAAAAUUGGCAUCUACUUUGCUUGGCUGGGCUUUUACACAAAUAUGCUGACUGUGGCUGCAGUUGUAGGAGUUGGCUGUUUUCUGUAUGGAUGCCUGACAAAGGACAACUGCACAUGGAGCCAAGAAGUAUGUGACCCCAGCAUAGGAGGUAAUAUCAUAAUGUGCCCUCAGUGUGAUAAAGUAUGUACCUACUGGAACCUCACCAUCACUUGUGAAUCAUCCAAGAAACUCUGUAUCUUUGAUAGCUUUGGAACACUGGUGUUUGCAGUAUUUAUGGGAAUAUGGGUUACUUUUUUUUUGGAGUUUUGGAAGCGGCGGCAGGCUGAGCUGGAGUAUGAAUGGGACACGGUUGAGUUCUUGGAGCAAGAAGAGCAAGUUCGCCCAGAGUACGAGGCUCGCUGCACUCACGUGGUGAUGAAUGAGAUCACACAGCAAGAAGAACAUGUGCCAUACACUGCAUGUGGGAAGUGCGUACGGAUGACUUUCUGUACAAGUGCCAUCUUCUUCUGGAUCCUUUUGAUUAUUGCCUCAGUUGUUGGAAUCAUUGUCUACAGGCUCUCAGUUUUCCUGGUGUUCUCUGCAAAGUUGUCACAGCACAUCAGUGGAACGGAGGCGAUCCGCAAGUACCUGACUCCACAGACGGCCACGUCAGUGACCGCUUCGCUCAUCAGCUUCGUUGUCAUUAUGAUUCUCAACAUCCUCUAUGAAAAAGUGGCAAUCCUGAUCACUGACUUCGAACUUCCAAGGACACAGACUGAUUAUGAAAACAGUUUGACCACAAAGAUGUUCUUGUUCCAGUUUGUCAACUACUAUUCUUCAUGCUUCUACAUAGCUUUCUUUAAGGGUAAAUUUGUAGGCCACCCUGGCAGUCCAGUUUAUUGGCUAGGAAAGUAUCGCAAUGAAGAGUGUGAUCCAGGUGGCUGUCUCCUCGAGCUCACAACCCAGCUUGCCAUCAUAGUAGGAGGGAAAGCUAUCUGGAACAACAUUCAAGAAGUUCUUGUUCCUUUGGUCAAGAAUCUAAUUGGAAGAUACUCUUCAGCUGCUAAAUCAGAAAAAGUUGUUGCACGUUGGGAACAUGACUACCACCUCCAACCCAUUGGAAAACUUGGACUAUUUUAUGAGUAUCUUGAAAUGGUUAUACAGUUUGGCUUUGUGACCCUGUUUGUGGCAUCGUUCCCCCUGGCUCCUCUUCUGGCUCUGAUGAACAACAUGCUGGAAAUCCGGCUGGAUGCGUGGAAGCUGACGACCCAAUUCAGGCGCAUGGUUCCGCAGAAGGCUCAGGACAUCGGCGCCUGGCAGCCCAUCCUGCAGGGCAUAGCCCUUCUGGCCGUGGUCACCAAUGCUAUGAUCAUUGCUUUUACAUCUGACAUGAUUCCUCGGCUGGUUUAUUACUGGUCCUUUUCAGUCCCUCCGUACGGGAGUCACAGCAGUCACACUAUGAAGGGGUAUAUAAACAGCACACUUUCUGUCUUCAAUAUAUCAGACUUCAAGAAUGCAAGCAAGCCUCUCUCCCCUUGGCUCGGAAACCAAAUGACAUGCAGGUACCGGGACCUGCGCUACCCUCCUGGUCACCAGCACCAGUAUGAGCACAACAUUUACUACUGGCACGUCACUGCGGCCAAGCUGGCUUUCAUCAUCGUCAUGGAGCAUGUCAUAUACUUUGUGAAGUUUGUUAUUUCAUAUGUAAUUCCGGAUGUAUCACAAAAGACCAAGAGCAAGGUCAAACGAGAGAAGUACCUCACACAGAAACUAUUACACGAGAAUGAUCUCAAAGGUGUGAAACAAAACAUGGGCAAAAUACCCGACAGAAUCGUCAAAGGAGCAGACAGCACUUUCCGACCUAAAGAGGAAUAACUACUUUUUCAUAUGGAAUAACAGUACUUGGACAACUAAUACCUGUCUAGAUAUUACCAAUAGCUAUCAAACUUUUUGGAUUUACUAAACAUUGUUUAAUACAACCACUUCAUUGCAGAGAAGAGUUAUCAUUUUUUAAACUGCUUUUUAAGACAUAUUAAAAAAAAAAAAAGAUGGUGAAAAUUAUUAUCUUCUUAAGAAGAUGCAGAUUAAUUCCCAAACACCUAGGCUGCUUUCUACUUUUUUAGGCAUCAGCUGUUAGAUUACUAGUCUGACUUGAACAAAAGCUUAAGAACAAGAAUGAUUUUUUGUAAGAAUAUCAUCACAUCUAAUGAAGGAGCUUUGAUUGCUUGCUAAUGCAAACUUUAGCUAUAAAAUGAAGAGGAAAAGCCAAAACAUGAAGAAAAAAGAAAGAAAAUCCAACUCCAAAUCCCAUUGUUAAGCCAUUGGAACUACUGAGCGUGGUUGUUCGCUACUCUGAAUUAGCUAUGCAUACUGAGACUUAAAUGGAUAACAAGAUCUUUCAAUUAAUCAUGGACUUGGAUCACAAGAAGCAACAGCACUGUGAGCCCAUCCUGUUCAUCAAUCUCUGUGUAAACAGGAGAAUUGCCUUUGAAAUCAAUGCAUACAAACUGACCUUACAGCACUCCAAGUGAGUAGAAAACUCAGGCAUUUUAUCUUUCCUCUGUCAAUGUACUUUCAUUAGUUCACUCGCCCAUUCUGAGCUAAAUGCUCAUAGCCUUGAAGGUCUCCUACCUGUAAAAGCAAUAAGUGUUAAAAGUCUUUUCACAUACUAAAUCAAUAUUUGUGGAGGGCUGUCUUUUGCAUUUCUCUCACACCAGAAUGUGCUCUUCCCUGAGGUUUUGACACAGGACAAACGUGCAGCUGAACAUUUUGAUACAACAUUGGGUGAUAAAGUGAAUCCUGAAAAGACUAUUAAUCUAUUGACACCGGAAAUUGGAAUAAACCCUUUAAUAGGCCUUAACCAUGCUGUGAAGCUUUAAAUACUGCAGAAGGAUGUCUGAGGUGUGGAGGCAUGUGUUACAACCAUCCUCAAAUCAGGCUGCCGAUCUGCUUGCUUAUUUUGACUCCAGCUGCAAACUCGGAAUCAGGGAAUCACAGAUUAGACAUGUAUGUGGAGGGUUAUUUUGUGCCUGAAGCAGUGAUAUGGCAGAUUAUUAACUUGCUUUCUCUUUUAACAGUUUUAACGGACCAAUUUAUAUAAAUCAUGAAAACCAAAACCUUUUUACAAAAGCAAAAUGUGCCUGUACUCUGUAAACCAGGUGAUUACUUUAUGUUUGUAAUUUUGUGCUCCUCUUAAAUGCAGUACAUUUGCAAAAUUUUUGGUAGAUUAUUCAUAUAGCUUUUUAUGUAUGAAGUACAUUUACAGAAACUAAAUGGCACUUAGAAGAUGUCUUUUAUCCAGUCAAUGAUCAGAAGGAAUUAAACCUAUUAAUUUUGCCUCAAAGUCUCCAAAUACUGAGUGCCAUGUAACUCAAGCCAGUCUUUUGAAACAAAAACUACAGAAUCACAAGAUCAUCCAGACUGGAAAAGGCCUUUAAGAUCAUCAGGUCCAACCAUUAACCUGACACUGCCAAGUCCACGACUAAACCAUGUCCCUGAGUGCCACAUCUACAUGUCUUUUAAACACCACUCUCUGAGCCCGGCCAUCCAGCCAGGCUGGGCGAGCAGUAGGUGUGCUCAGGCUGUGAUCAGAUCAGCACCCGUUUGGCCCCAGAGACUUGUGUCUGUCUAAGUGAUGUAGCAGGUCACUAUUUCCCCUUGGAUUAUGAGGGCUUCAUUCUGCUCCCUUCCCCUGUAUCCCAGCUCAGGGGGCUGGGUAUCCAGAGAUCAACUGGUCUUUCUACUAAAGACUGAUGGGAAAAAAGGCAUUGAGUACCUCAGCCUUUUCCUCAUCCUUUAUCUGUAUGUUUUCCACCACAUCCAAUAAAGAACUGAGAACCUCCUUAGCCCUCCUUUUGUCACUAAUAUGUUUAUAGAAACAUUAUUAUUGUCUUUUGCAGCAGUAUUCAGAUUAAGUUCUAGUUGGGCUUUGGCCCUUCUGAUUUUCUCCCUGCAUAACCUCACAGCAUUAAUCUUUCUGAGUUAUCUGCCCCUUCUUCUAAAGGUUAUCAACUCUCCUUUUUCACCUGAGUUCCAGCCAAAGCUCUCUGUCAAGCUAGGCUGGUCUUCUCUUCUUUUGAAUAUUUCCAGGGAUGGAGACUCCACAACCUCUCUGGGCCACUUGUGCCACUGCUCAGUCACCCUCACAGUGAAAAAGUGGUUCAGUUUGUGCCCACUGCCUCUGCUCCUGUCACUGCAUAAUGUACCAAACUUUUAGUUUAAACAAAGUUUUGUCCCAAAAACUGUUUCAAGGAAUAAUUUUAGUGAAGUACUCAGGAUUUCCCUGCACAAAAUGAGUUGGGUUAGAAAGGACAGUCAGCCCCUUUCAUACUUGGAGGUUUUGAUUUUCGAGUGGACUUUCAACUGGACCUUUCUCAUUUGCAUUUAUGAUGAGAGAUACCGUUUUUAUUCCCUCAUCAGUGAUCACAGCACCAGUGUGCCUUAAAUACCUUUCCAGGAGUAGUGUUAGAAGGCUGGGGCAGGUAAGGAGGCAUCCUGUGAUAAAGGUGGGGGAAAUGCAGCCUAAAAUGGACCCUUUCAUUUCAAUUAUUUGGUCUUAAGGAAGCUCUUUGACUGAGCUCUUUAAAGAGACUAGGAAACAAAUGAAUUGUCAUGCUGUAAGCAGUGGCAGAGCUUAAGGCUGAUUUUCAGGAGUGCCUAGACUUUUGCUCCGUGUUUGAUACCUGGGGACUCUCCAAGUUGUUUCUUCCUACAUCAGCUGGUGUCAUUUCCUAAAGGGGGACUUAGCCCUCAGUGUCAUAAAGAGUUUAUAUUCCUGCCUUUAAAGAACAAUUAAAAAACCUGCUACAUCAGCAAAGCCUAUGUGCCUAUGGCUUGGGCUCCUCCCAUAAUAAAAUCCUAAUCAGCCCUGAGUGUGUUUCUGUGUAACCUUUUUUGUUCAGAUGACAAAUGUGCUUUUGAAACCAGUCUUCCACUUGUCUCCAUUUUCUGGGAGACCUCACAGACGAGUCUGGGCACACAGGGACUGAGUUCCUUCUGGUUCAAACUGACCCAGAAGGCAGCUUUAGAUAUGCACUUAGUGGUCCCUGGCAGGCACUUAGUCUGCAGAGCUGAAACCAAAGCGGGGCUGAAGAGGGUGGUGAGCUCUGCAUGGGCACCACCUAGCCAACAUUAACAUUUUGCUCUGGUAGUUUGCUUCUGAAAGGCCAUGCUCCCUGCUAGUGUAGCUGUAAUGUUUCAUUUCAGAAGACAUUGCAUCAGGAAUUCAGUUCCGUUUGCCAUGUGCUCAGUGUUAUUCACUGAGAGUAGAGUUCUGAAUCAGAGAAACAAGAGGGAAACCAACACAGUGCCUAAUAAUUGCAUUUUAAUUGUUUGAUUUAAGCUGUGCAGUUUCUGAAGCCUCUACCUCCAGCUGCUGAAAUGUGCUCUGCUUGCACACAGGAAGCUCUGCAGAGGCAUUAGAAUAAAAUGCUGGGGGCCAGUUGCCAACAUGAGUAUUUGUAAUUUUUUUUUUAGGCUUGGUCACUUUAAUUAAAUGUCUGCUUGAAGGGAAAAUCGGCAUUUGUUUUAAACUCUGAAUCAGUUUUACCUUUUUUUCUACACUUGAUAUGUAGGCCAGACUCCUAUUUUGCACAGAUCUGUUGAAGUUAGGGUGAAUUUGGACCAGUGACCAUUUCAUUGCCUUAACCAUAAAGCACCAUAAAUUACAGACUGUCACCACUGUUUUAGACUCUGUAUGUCAAUAAAAUUCAGAAUGUAAGAGUGUAUUUUUUGUAUUUUUUUCUAAGAAUGUUUGCAAUUAGUUUCUUAUUAUAAAAAUUCUUUAUAUUUAUUGUCAUUAAAUAAAGUAUAUUUUAAAAUAUCAA